AAAGAGCCAAAAGAGGAUGAUGUCUAUGCGUCGCCUGACCGUACCACCACUCUGAAUCGACCACUUGUUGCGCCCAGAGCACUGACCUGCUCUUCAAGGGUCACGUGCUCGCUGCCCUCUCUGCCGCAUCUCUUGGAUUGCUCCAGGCCACCGCCUCAUUUUCAUUUUCAGUCAAGAGUAAGACAGUCUCUCAACGUCUCAACAUGAUCUUUCGUCUCUUCCGCACGCCGGCCGCCUCGGAGGACCGCCUGGCCUCUUGGCUGGCAACCCUGAGGAAGGUCUCUCCGGACCUGUCCUCUGUGGAUGCGGAGUUGUCGUUCUACGUUCAGCUCGAGACUGACGAGGCCCUUGAUGACAUCCAACUUGGUCGUCUUCUUUGGCUACUGGCAGACCCUGAUGCACCAUUAUUACUGACAAAUUCUUCGGUGCUGCCUCCAGAGACGGUAGAUUCGAUUUUGAUUGAGAUCGGCCCACGUCUUAAUUUUUCUACGGCCUUUUCGACCAACGCUGUCUCGAUUUGCAAAGCUGUCGGCCUCCCUGUUGUCAGACUGGAGGUUGCCACCCGGUACCUCCUAAAAUGGCCCCAAAAAGCCGACAGAAAAGUGGAGCAGCAGUUGUUAAGUUCGCUGCACGACCGCAUGACUGAAUGCCGCUACCUGAAGCCCCUCACCUCGUUUGACCUUGACGUGAAGCCGCAGCCGUGGUUUGAAGUCGACGUGUUGGGCAGGGGUCAAGAUGCUCUGAAAGAGGUCGACAAGAAGUUAGGCUUGGCCUUUGACAUGUGGGAUCUUCAGUUCUAUUACGAACUGUUCAGCCAGCGGCUCAAGCGAAACCCGACAUCAGUCGAGUGUUUCGAUUUGGCCCAGUCCAACAGCGAGCACAGCAGGCAUUGGUUUUUCAAAGGGGCGGUCACCCUUGACGGAGUUCCGCAGAAAGACAACCUGUUUGAUUUGGUCAUUCGAACUCAAGAUCAUUCCAAUCAAAACAACAUAAUCAAAUUCAACGAUAACUCUAGUGCCAUCAGGGGCUUCGAGGUGACUGCAUUGCGCCCAACUGAUCCUACUCGCCCAAGCCCUUUCAAAGUUCACCCGCGCCACCUUCAACACGUCGUCUUUACCGCCGAGACUCACAAUUUCCCGACAGGGGUUGCCCCAUUCAGUGGAGCCACGACGGGCACUGGCGGGCGUUUGCGAGAUGUGCACGCCGUCGGCAGAGGCGGCCACUAUAUUGCAGGCACUGCAGGCUACAGUUUUGGAGCGCUCCACAUUCCAGGUUACAAGCUUCCUUGGGAGGAUGAGUCCCUGCACUACCCGCCAAACUUCGCCCAUCCUUUGGAAAUCGCCGUGGAGGCCAGCAAUGGUGCUUCAGACUAUGGAAACAAGUUUGGCGAGCCGGUCGUGUGCGGCUUCACCAGGUCCUUCGGCCUCGUCUUGCCAGACGGUGAGAGGAGGGAAUAUGUCAAGCCCAUUAUGUUCAGCGGUGGAAUUGGUGCCUUGGAUCACGACCAAGUGGUGAAGCAAGCUCCUGAGAAAGGAAUGGAAGUUGUGAAAGUCGGCGGCCCUGUUUACAGAAUUGGAGUUGGUGGUGGAGCUGCCAGCUCUGUGGAGGUUCAAGGUGACAAUAGUGCAGAACUAGAUUUUGGCGCUGUGCAACGUGGUGAUGCCGAAAUGGAGCAAAAACUCCACAGGGUCAUCCGUGCUUGCCUUGAGUCGCCGCAGGGCAACCCCAUCUGCAGCAUUCACGACCAAGGGGCUGGAGGCAACGGGAAUGUUUUGAAAGAGCUUGUGGAGCCUGCCGGCGCCGUGAUUUACGCUGAUCGCUUCCAGCUGGGUGAUCCUACUAUCAGCACUUUGGAAUUGUGGGGUGCUGAAUACCAAGAGAGUGACGCCCUUCUUUGCAAGCCAGGAAAGGACGCGGAAUUGCUGCGAGCUGUGGCUAAACGAGAAAAGUGUCCAGUUGAUUUUGUUGGAAGUGUGACAGGCGAUGGACAAGUGAAGCUCAUUGAAGCCGGCGCAGCUUCUGAUGCCAAAUUGCCGGUGGACCUCGACCUCGCCCUGGUGCUGGGCAAAAUGCCGCCAAAGAAUUUCGACCUGCGGAGGGCCAACUGGGCUCAACCUCCACUUAAGCUGCCUCUGGGUCUUACGGUUGAGCAGGCUAUGGAGAGGGUGCUUCGUCUCCCCAGCGUCGCCAGCAAGCGCUGGCUGACCAACAAGGUUGACCGCAGCGUGACAGGUCUCGUCGCUCAGCAGCAGUGCGUCGGUCCGCUUCAGGCUCCUCUCGCAGACGCGGCAGUCAUCGCCCUGAGCUACUUUGGACACGAGGGAGCUGCCACCUCAAUUGGAGAGCAGCCAAUCAAGGGCCUGGUGGACGCAGCGCGUGGAGCCAGGAUGACCGUGGCCGAGGCGCUGAGCAACCUGGCAACCACAGUCAUCAGCGAUCUGCGAGACGUCAAGUGCAGUGGCAACUGGAUGUGGGCCGCCAAGCUGCCAGGAGAGGGGGCUGCCCUGUGGGACGCCUGUGCAGCCAUGAGCGACGUAAUGGCACAACUUGGCGUUGCUGUUGAUGGAGGCAAAGACUCGCUAUCUAUGGCAGCAAGGGUUGAAGGAAAAACUGUCAAGGCUCCAGGAACGUUGGUGGUAUCAUGCUACGCUCCUUGCCCUGAUGUUCGCAAAGUGGCCACUCCUGAUCUGAAACUACCCGGAGAGGAUGCUUUGCUGUAUGUUGAUUUGAGUGGUGGAAAGUGUCGACUUGGUGGCUCUGCCUUGGCGCAGUGCUACGGCCAAAUUGGAAACGAAUCUCCAGAUUUGAAUGAUGCGAAAUUGUUUGUCAGCGCCUUCGAAGCUAUCCAGCAUUUGGUUAAGUGCGGCAUUGUGGUUGCGGGGCAUGAUAUCAGUGACGGAGGUCUGCUGGUGGCUGCCGUUGAGAUGGCCAUUGGAGGCUGUUGUGGGCUACAGCUAAACGUUGACAGCAAACCUGCAGAUCCCUCGCUAGCAGUGCUGUUUGCUGAGGAAGUCGGCUGGGUGCUUGAGGUGGCCGCCAUCAAUCGAGAAGCAGCCCUCGCCACAUUCCGAAGCAGGGGAGUGCCCUGCCAUGUGAUAGGGUCUUCCACGAAAAACAGGACUAUCAACGUUAACCUGAACAGCACCAACCUACUGCACACCAGCCUGUCCAACCUCAUUAAGCUUUGGGAGGAGACUUCCUAUCAGCUGGAGCUGCGACAGGCCAACAACAAAUGCGUCGAAGAAGAAUUUGAGGUUUUGGUAUCAGGAGAAACGCUGCCAGAGCAGAUCGCUGGAUUUGAUUGGGUCAGCCGCCCUCAACUAAUCUCAAAAAGCAUUCCAGUCGCCGUACUCCGGGAAGAAGGUGUCAACGGUGAUAGAGAGAUGGCUGCUGCCCUGGUCACAGCUGGGUUUGAGGUUUGGGAUGUCACAGUGUCUGACCUGCUGGCUGGAAGUUCCCUGAGUGCAUUCAGAGGGGUUAUUUUCCCAGGUGGAUUCAGUUAUGCUGACGUUCUUGGCUCCGCCAAGGGAUGGGCCGCUGCCCUGAGAUUCCAUCCCUCCGCAGCAGCCCAGCUUGACGAUUUCUUCAAUCGUCCAAACACCUUCAGCCUGGGCGUCUGUAAUGGCUGCCAGCUAAUGGCUCUGCUUGGAUGGUGUGGAAAGGGAGUCGCACUCAAACGAAACAAGUCUGAACGCUUUGAGAGCCGUUUCUGCGCCAUUCGAGUCGAGAAGGGAGCCUCUAAAGUGUGGUUGAAGGACAUGGAAGGCAGCGUCUUGGGUGCGUGGGUGGCGCACGGAGAGGGCCUCCUCGCCGGAGUAGCUGAUGACCGCGUCGCCUUGCGAUAUGUUGGACCAGACAGCCGGCCCACGCAGGCUUACCCAUUUAACCCGAAUGGCAGCCCUAACGCCACAGCGGGCAUUGCCUCUGCUGACGGUCGCCACUUGGCGAUGAUGCCCCACCCUGAGCGCUGCGUGCGCCCCUGGCACUUGCCCUUCAAGCCCAGCCAGUGGAGCCAGCUCGACACUGCACCCUGGCAGAAACUUUUUGACAACGCGUACCUCUGGGCAAGCGGACAAAGUCCUGCUUGAUUUUAUUCUGUGAUGGGAAAAUCAAAAUUUUUUAUAAUUCUCUUAAUGAUGAUUGAUAGAAGCCAUAUUUUUUACGGUUUAAAGGAAAAGAUUUUUGUCAAAACAUUUUUUAAAAUAAAAAUAUUUUAGAGGUGUAUUUUGAGAUAACAUGGUUUUUAAUUUGUUAUCACAAUGGUAUAUUAUUAUAACAGAAAUAUUAAAAGAAUAUCAAAAUAAACCAACACAAGAGUAGUUUUUUUCCAAGA